AAUAUCUCACUAUGAUUUACCGAUUUCUUUUUUCUUUUAUUAUCGUUAAUAUAUCUAGAUUCCUGCUUGAAAGUAUUGGUGAUCCACUGCUGCUGCACACGGAAGCCCGUUAGGCGAAAGCUUCUUCUAUCCGUCCACAACCAUUUGAACCAUUUGCACCGUAGUUUUGCUGAGCGCGUAUUACGGAUACGUUUCGUUUAUGAUCUGGCAAUAAAGAUGGAUCGGAAGGCAGCAAAUUUUGUUCACUCGCAAGCCGUUUCUAGAGACUACAUAUCACAGCCUCGUAUAACUUACAAAACCGUCUCAGGAGUAAAUGGACCUCUCGUCAUACUUGAUGAUGUAAAGUUUCCUAAAUUUGAUGAGAUUGUGAGACUAACUCUUGCUGAUGGCAGUCAGCGAACGGGACAAGUUUUAGAAGUUUGCGGCAAAAGGGCCAUAGUCCAGGUAUUCGAGGGUACUAGCGGUAUUGAUGCAAAGAACACUGUAUGUGAAUUUACAGGAGAUAUCCUUCGUACACCUGUGUCAGAAGAUAUGUUAGGUCGUAUAUUCAAUGGUUCUGGAAAACCGAAAGACAAAGGUCCAGCAAUCCUUGCAGAAGAUUACCUCGACAUUCAGGGUCAACCAAUAAACCCUUGGUCACGCAUUUAUCCAGAAGAAAUGAUCCAAACUGGCAUAUCAAGUAUCGAUGUGAUGAACUCGAUUGCACGUGGCCAAAAAAUCCCCAUAUUUUCCGCUUCUGGUCUACCGCACGAUGAAAUUGCUGCCCAAAUAUGUCGUCAAGCUGGUCUAGUCAAGUUACCCGGAAAAAGCGUUCUAGAUAGUGAUGUAGACAAUUUCGCGAUUGUAUUCGCAGCAAUGGGUGUUAAUAUGGAGACUGCUCGGUUUUUCAUGCAAGAUUUUAAGGAAAAUGGUUCAAUGGAGAAUGUGUGUCUGUUUCUAAAUUUGGCGAAUGAUCCAACUAUCGAGCGCAUUAUAACACCUCGAAUCGCUCUUACAACAGCCGAAUAUUUGGCUUAUCAAUGUGAAAAGCAUGUGUUGGUUAUCCUUACCGAUAUGAGUUCAUAUGCAGAAGCAUUGCGUGAGGUAAUUAGUAGUGUUCUAUAAAUGUACCGUAAUUUGAAUUAAGUAAAAGUAUGAUCUUGAGGGAGAGUCUGGACUUGCCAGCUACUGAUUGGAACGUGGGUGCGUAAAUCGAGUGAUGGCUCACAACUCUAUAUUGCCACAUGAACUGCUUUUCUACGCAUUGUAAUUGUAGUCUUUAUAUUAUAGUGUGCGGUCAUUGAUCCGUAUUGUUUUGUCAUUUUACUUAAAACUUUUCAUAAAAGUCAAGUCUCAUGUACCGGAAUAGCUCGGAAAAUCGUAGAGGAGUUACCACACUAUACGCUACAUAUGCUGCGGAGGUAAUUAUUAUUUUCCGAUUAUUUAGACACUGAUAUAAGUUUUAGUCUUGAGCCACCACUUAGUAGACAAAGAUUAUGAAGCGAGAUAAAUAAGGUUAUAUGGAUCUCUAAACCAAAAAUUCGAAUUUAGUUCAAAAUAUAUGUGGAUAAGCAAUUUUCACAAUAUGAUGCAAUGGUCCAUUAAAGUGAUUAUUUUCCUACCACCACUUCUCUCGGACUUGAUAAUUUUCUUUCUCUGUAGUAAUAUGCUUUGGGAUCUUGACUUAUGUACACCUACCGACUUGAACCAAUGUAUAUUUUUUUCAAGUCUCACUUCACAUAAACUCUGCUUCGAUGGAACCCUUAUCAAAUAAUUAUUUUGACUGCUUAGUAAACCAGUUUAAUAUUCUUACCCAGCUGCUCAUUCUUAAUCAUCAGCUCUACCAUACUCCAUCUUUUAAGACAAUGUGUUAGAGUGAAGUACUAAACAUACGUUGGAAAAGUACUUGUUAACACGUGUUUGAACAUGUAAUGGUCUAGAAAGAAUAACUAUCGUUUCUACUCUUAACAUAGGAUUAUUUACAGUUAUUUUUACUAUCAGGUUCUUUCAUAAUAUGAUCUUUGUCGUUUAGGUAUCGGCAGCUCGUGAGGAAGUACCAGGACGUCGUGGUUUCCCGGGUUAUAUGUACACUGACUUGGCUUCAAUUUACGAGCGAGCUGGUCGGGUUGAAGGUCGCUCAGGGUCAAUCACACAGAUUCCAAUUUUAACUAUGCCUAAUGAUGAUAUUACUCAUCCUAUUCCUGACUUAACAGGUUAUAUUACAGAGGGUCAAAUUUAUGUUGAUCGUCAAUUACAUAACAGACAGGUUAGUGGAAAACUGGAGUAUUUCACUUACUGGGUUGUUAAUUAGUUUAUUCUUUUACAUGAAUUACUCUUUUUGAGUUUAAUGAGUGCAUACUUCAGUAUAGUUAGUUUAUCCAAGUUUUAAUGUCACCAAUGUGGCCAGAUAUUGAAACUGGAACACUCGUUUAAUCCUAGUUACGAGUCAUUUGACUUACAUUUUGGCAUUUGGGGUGUUAGGUACUAGGUUCAAAUCAAAAUUUAAACAUCACUGCCGUGAUACUGGUAGAUUCACUUGACAAUUACUUAGUAGAAUGGGACAUGCAUCAUGGAUUCUACUACUAGCCACAGUCUAACCAUACUCAGUUAUGCCAACCCAUGUUAUGACUUUAAUCAUGUCAGUGCGAAAAUUUAAGGAUUAUUUACGUUAUAAGCGUCAAAUCAUAUUAAAAUUCAAUCAACCUGAAAUGUAAUAAUAGUGUUUGGUUUUGUUGUUAUGCAGUGUGAUUGUGAUUCUUAUAACCAAAUCUAUUUUUUCUUAAGAACAAUGAUACACAUUCACUUUGCUACAUAAACCCAUUUUUAUUUUAUAACCUUAAAAACUCAAUUUAUUCACAUCAAGUUUAUUAGAAAUGUUUCAUGCAAAAUUAAUAUUGUACUAUUUAAGUUUCUAAAACAUUAAUCAUUUAUUAAUAAUAAGAAUUAAUUAAAUUCCAUGUGUUACAUUACCUAGUACUAGUACAUCAUUAAUAGUCUAUUUUUACAAAUAACUGAACUUUUGAUGAAUAUAUUGGAUCCUAACUGAGUUAUUUCUUAUGGUCCCCGAAUGCCCUGGUAUGGCCGAGAGUGGGGAGAGUCCUCCCUCUCGAAACGCUUUCAUAGGACCACGUGUUUAUAACCUCUACCAAGGAAGUCCUGCUCACUGCCUUCUCUCGGUGGGGUGUUGUUAACGAAAUUGAGAGAACGAGAAGCGAAUACCUGGCGCUUAAACUGCAUUGUCGGGUACGAAGUGUUCACCCUGAUUCAAAACCAAUGGCGUACAAAUUCAUUCUUGGUCACUGGAUGCUAUAAGACUACAUCUAACGUUGCUUCACCGCCUCGUGGACUAGGUCUGUAAGUCAAAGGUCCGGGGGGCGACCCCUUAAAAAAACCAUCAGUUCGGAAAUCCGGGUAAUAUCCCAGUCUACACAACAAUUUAGUGAUUUGUGUGGCGCAUAUAUAUCUUGGUGUCUCUUUAGUAGCAAUGUUUGUGUUUGUGAACGAAUGGAUAAUUUUUUCUGACACUAAAUUACUCAUUAUUUGACUAUUACCAUGUCUCUUUUUGACGGGAAUGGAAUGAAAAAUCACAUAGAUCUAUCCUCCAAUCAAUGUGUUACCGUCGUUGUCACGUUUGAUGAAAUCUGCCAUUGGUGUGAAUAUGACUCGUGAAGAUCAUUCUGAUGUGUCCAAUCAGUUGGUAAGUUUUUUGUUUACCUAAAUUUUUGGUUAGUGUGCUUACGGAGGUGAUUAUGGGCUGAGUCGGUUUCUCUAAUUUAAUGUGAAAAAUUCACAGUGUUGAAACAGUUACGACCAAUGUUGAUGAGGAGUUUAUGUGGUAGAGAAUAACGCUAUUCAGUUGAAUACUCAUCAAGGAAAUUCUAUAAAGGCGAAAUAUCACUUACAGAUAUGCUGGAAAAUCAAAUCGAAGCUAUUGAUAGGUUUUUUUAUUCAUUGGUUAAUACCGUAACAUGAUAUCUACUCUUUGUAUUCGAAAGGAUUGUUAGUAUUAUAUAGAGCGUUUUCGAUCAUAAUAGGGAUCAUGAUUAAAUGAAUGGUAUCGUCCUAAAACAUCGGCUUGGUGAUGCAUCGCAAAACUCGUCUCAAAGUUUUGCAUUAAAAACUGACACUGGCACUAACUGCUGACAGAGCGAUGGUUCAUCUGUUACCAUCUUCCGUAACUGUAAAAAGUAACUAUACUUAUAAGAUUUUCAUUGACCCAUCGAGAUUCUAUUCGAGGAUCCUUUUAUCAAACCGCUCAGUGACUUGAGCUGUUCGCGACUGAAGCCAGUAGCCAUCUUAUUGUAAUUCACUAUUUAAUCCUUUGAAAGACGAAAGACCUUCAAAAACGUCUCAAAUCAUUGAAUUAUGUGUUCUGUUGAACGCCGUCCAAGGACUUAUGAUUUACAAACAUUUAUUUGGAUAUUGUUGUGAACUGAUCGUCUUUCCAAUUUUUCCCUCAAGCACUCGUCAGGGAUAUCCAACUUCAAGAGGCCUUAUUUUGCAACCUCAACAUAAAAUUGCUCACAUUGCAGAAUUGUCCCUACCUCCACAUAACUUCCUUGUGAAGCUCUCAAUUGCCAACUGUGUCCUGGAUUUCUCGAAAGGAUGUUUGGUUUUAUCUCUUGCAACGUUGCUAGCUUUCACACAGCUUUUGAGUUACAUGGAUUUCUCGACUAUUUUAGAAACUUGAUUCUGAAGGAUAGAUGGGAACACAAGCUCUUUCUUUUGGGUACUGUAAGAAUUUGCAUAGGAACUGUUGUUCAUUUCUAAUUGUUUAUUCUCUGUUUGGAACCACUCUUAUGGAUGCUAAACUUUCAGAAGCUAUACACAGUAUGAUCGGUCCACACAUAGUACAACUUUUAAUUCCAUAUAGUGAAUUUUUUCAUGGGUGCUAAGUUUCACUACCAUUCAUUUAUCCUCAUAUUUGUAAUAUUUACGCAUUAACAACUGAUCCUUCCAUUUUCUCUUCUUUAUUCUUUUUAUUAACAGUAUGCAUGUUACGCAAUAGGAAAGGAUGUCCAAGCAAUGAAAGCUGUUGUUGGUGAAGAAGCAUUAAGCCCAGAGGACUUACUUUAUUUAGAAUUCCUGACAAAGUUUGAGAAGAAUUUCAUUUCUCAAGGUUAGUUCAAUUAUCUAAACAAUCUCUUUCAUGCAAAUGUCAUCAUAAUUCAAACGUCUUGAUAUACGGAAUAGCCACUUCUGUGUGUAAUCGAGAAAAAAUUACAUAUACGACCCAGUUUAAUUUGGAAGUCGUCAACAUCAACUUAUAACUAUGAUUCGGUUAUAUUCCGAAUUCACGCCUCACAGUUCAUCAUAAUCGACAUGGAGCUUGACAUAAAUGUUCAUCACAUCAUAUCACCAUAAGAAAUCAACACAGCGAGAUGAAAUUAACGAGAUGAGUAAUAAAUGAGUUAAUAUAGUAGUUGUGUCGCUGAAAGUGGAAAAGACUAAACCCUGAAUGGUAUAUUGAUUAUGUGAAUCAUUGUUUGAACUUGAACUAAUAAAUUUGAAGUUGUUGGGCACCGAGUUAACUAGAAGCGUUAUUAGGAAAAUUAUACUCGUAGAAAUGUUAGCGAUUGGAAUAAAAAUAGGGAAUUUGGAGUUUUAAUCCUUUCCUUGGAGACGCUCGGAUGAAACUGCAGUGUGAAACAAUGGGAUUAUUUUGAUUUCAGUCGCUGACAUUUUGACAAAUACAGUUUAUAACUGAAGACUACGAUUCAGCAAGAAGUGAUAUAUUUGAAGGAAAAAAAUUUGACAGAAUAUUUACUGUAAAGACCGAGAGGGUGAAGGUAAAUGGAAAUAGCAUCUGAGCUGUAUCACUCAAUAUCUCCAACUUCUAAUCGUAGUUAUCAUGAGGACUCCAAUCAAACCAGUUUGCAGCUACAAGCCAUAACUCACAUUCUUACUAGUGAGUUAUUCAGUCGACAACCAGUGUUACUUAGCUUUCAUUUGAGUACCUAAGUCGUGUAAAUACCAACCAGGUGAGCUGUUUUAAGGCUCACUGAUUUUUUAUGUUCUGUUGUUCUUGUUGUGUCUAAUUGAAUUAGGUGCUUACGAAAACCGUAGUGUAUUUGACUCACUAGACGUCGGUUGGGAACUCUUGCGUAUAUUCCCGAAAGAAUUGUUGAAACGAAUUCCGUCAAAAAUAUUGGAGAAAUACUAUCCUCGUUAAUUGGUUAGUUGGUUUAUCCUUGAUUGUGAGUAUUCCUACCAUGGAAGUUGCGUUAUUUAUUGAUUGAAGUAAACUCGGAAUAACGUAUAUUAUCGUCAGCUUUUGCAUUCCUAUUUGUUUUCUUUCCUAGCAAUAAUCACUCAUAAUUUUCAUUGCCUAUAAUAUGUAUAAUGGUGGCAUUACCCAACCAUCAUCACAAAUUACUUACUCAUAAUUAUGAUUUGAUUUUGUUUAAAUGUUCAUUCCAUUUACAAAGUUUCCCACCAUAGUUUUCUAUUACACUGUAUUUUCUCUGUUCUGGAUAUUCAAACACUUCAUUUCUCAUUUUUCCUUCACACAUUUCUACAUACAUUAAAUCUUCCUAUCGUUUGAAUUUUUGAAAUAAACUGGAAGCAUAAUAUAAACACUAGUAGUUGAGGUAUCAUUUAAAUAGGGCUAUGGGUUUCAUUUUUUUAUCUUUCAUUUGAUUUGAUUUUGUGCUCAGAACUUCUAAUUACCGAUAUUGAACAAUUAUAAUGAUAAUAAUAGUAAUAAUAUGUGUUCUUCAUCAGUAAUGUCACUUAAGACAUGCAUACAUAGUAGGAUCAUAAACAAAGCAAAAAUGAUACUUGCUCCGAAUGAUGAGAAAUGUACCUUGUAGUACACAAUUCUGUUUUCCAAAUAGUUGAUAAUUUACAGAUAUUUGAAUACUAGUGUACACUGACCACACACACACACACACACACAUACACACAUACAUUGCUUUAAUUGCAUUGUGAAGGCUUUUUUCACGGAAAGAGAGAGGGAACAAGUAUUUCUCAGUGAUAUAUGCAGUUUCGAAGAUAAAAGCAUAUUAAUCAGUUAUAGAAACUGUAAAACUGGAAAUAAAACGUCAUUUCGACAAACAGACGAAUAGUGGAGGAAGCAAAACAGUCCACUGAAGAUAUUACUCUUUACAAGCUCUAGUAUAACUCAGACUAGAUGAUACGUAGUGAGACAAAGAAACAGAUUGGAUAAAAUGGUACGUGCAUAGAUACAUAAAACACACAUUAGAUACAAAAAGUAGAACUGCAGACUCAGUUAUGAGAUAUAUGUGAAGGUACUGUAAUUAUUAUUGGUAGUAAAAGCAUUAGUAUCAGUAGUAACAUUUGUUGUCGUUAUAUGAAAUGAAUCACGACUGGGAAGCAAUGCAAUGAUAUUUGACUAACAGUUUUAACACGAAUAACGAUUCCUUGUUUGAAUUUUUAAAGUUUUCGUCACAACCUAACAUUAGAUGCUUAGCAAAAAUGUAUUUCCAAACGAAAUCCGACUGAUUGGUUCGUAUACUUCAUUGCUACUCACUAUCUUUAAAGUCCCUUCUUUAUCUGUGUUCACAAGCUAAUUACUAAUGUUGAAGUGUUGUGUGACAGACAUUCAGUCGAUUCGAGUUCCUAUUCGCUAAGUCGUACUACAAGAGUCGUUCAUAAAUAGAAUUCACCGUGGACAACACUCAAACCUUAGUCAUUCUCGUUGAGAUUUAAUUGUGUGAACGUAAGCACCAGAAGUGAUUAUGUCUCACUUACAUUAAAACUACCCAAUGUAUGUCAUGGCUUACUAUCCCAUGGAUUACAUUGAUUCAUUUAUCACUGAGAAAUUUUGUCUGUAUUUUUUCACAUAUUCGAUUUUCAUUCAAUAAUAUAACAUAGUCAACUUGAAUAAAUUAUCCUCUUGUAAAUACUUGCUUAUCGAUGUUGUGAGCAGAACGUUUCAUUUAAUGAUUGUGUAUCGAAUUGUAAUUAAAAGAAUAUGGAUUUCAUUUUUAUUUUGUGUGAAGGUUUUUGUUUUCGAAAUAGUUCAAUAAACGUGAAUUCGACCAUUUUAAUUGUUUAUUUAUGUACUUUGAUUUCUAUGAAACGACAACAUAUAUCUACUUAUUUUGCAUAAAUGAAACAAACUCACAAAAUGAUCAUCGCAAGUCAUGUAGUUAAGACCA